GUUCUCCGAGACAGGAGUGUGUUUUGGGGCGGUGCUCAACGCGCGUUACUUGGUCCUAUUCUUUUGCAUCUUUAUUGUACAGCUGGAGUAUUUUUGAGUGACGUCUGAAUUGGACAAGCAGACGACUAAUAUGAAGUCGAGCAAACAGAAAUCGCCGCACACGACUGAGAGGGAAUUUGGUGGAACUCUGGGAGCCACCUGCAUCCCCGUGUUCCUGCCCCUCACGGUGCUCUACCUCCUGAGUGUGUGCCGCUCACCCACAGCCAGUGUGCUGCAGUGGCCUCCUCCCCUUCCUCACGCAACCUUUCUGUGGGAUCCUGUGGCUCUAAUGAUUGUACUUGGCUGGAUGGUCCUUCAGAGCUUCCUUUAUCUUUUACCCAUUGGAAAGGUAUCUGAGGGAUUAGUGCUUAGAGAUGGUUCCAGACUGAAGUAUCCCAUUAACGGUUACUACGCCUUGUGCUGCAGCGCUGUGCUCAACGGUCUGGGCCUUUUGCUGGACAUGCCCCUGGCGUAUCUCUUUGAGCUGAUCAUCCCUCUGGCUGUGGCUGCGAUCGCAGUGUCAUACCUGCUCGCCAUUUACCUGUACAUCAGGUCUUUCUGGGCACCUGCUCAUGCUUUGGCCCUGGGUGGCAACACAGGGAAUCCAAUGUAUGAUUUCUUUAUUGGACGUGAACUGAAUCCUCGCAUUGCUGGAUUUGACCUUAAGUACUUUUGUGAACUCCGCCCUGGUUUGAUUGGCUGGGUGGUACUAAAUCUGGGAAUGUUACUGAAAGAGAUGGAACUGAGGGGAUCUCCAUCUCUUGCCAUGCUACUGGUCAACGGCUUUCAGCUGCUCUAUGUCACUGAUGCACUGUGGAAUGAGGAAGCAGUUCUGACGACCAUGGACAUAGUUCAUGAUGGGUUUGGUUUCAUGCUGGCCUUUGGGGACCUGACCUGGGUGCCAUUCACUUAUGGACUGCAGGCCAUUUUCCUGGUGGCACAUCCACAGUCUCUCAGUCCACUGGGAGCAGCAGGAAUAGUGCUUCUAAAUGGACUUGGCUAUUACAUCUUCAGGAAGUCAAACUCCCAGAAAAAUCAAUUCCGACGUGACCCCACCCAUCAAACUGUGGCAAAACUGGAGACCAUUGCCACAGCAACAGGGAAGCGGCUGUUGGUUUCAGGUUGGUGGGGGUUCGUCCGGCAUCCAAACUAUCUAGGCGAUAUUCUCAUGGCCUUGGCAUGGUCACUUCCAUGUGGGUUCUCACACAUCCUCCCAUAUUUCUACAUCAUUUACUUCACCAUCCUGCUCAUCCACCGAGAGGCUAGAGAUGAGAGGCAGUGCAGGGCCAAGUAUGGCUUGGCCUGGGAUACAUACUGCAAAAGAGUUCCUUACAGGAUCAUCCCCUAUGUGUACUAAUACCCCAGAGACUUCUGAGAUGGACUGACAUUGGCAGAUCUAUUCCCAACACAGCCAGGAACAUCAGGAAGAAGCCGCUUUAAGUUUUGGAAGUAACGGGAGGGGAAAUCACUGAUGGCAUCCUUGAAUGUGAAAGAUAAGGCGUCAGUGACGUGUGGGUACAUUCACAGGUGACCCGAACUCACCUGGUGCUAAACUUGACCUGACCGCAACUCAAAAUGAAAGCAAUAUGUAACAGAGAAUUAUGCCCGACCCGCAUUUUUAUUUUUAUUUAUUUUUUUUUUCAGAAAAUGUGUGCAUUUUUUUAGCAAACAUUUCUACUGUAAGUUUGAAUGAGAAUAGAAUUGCCAUUUCUGACAGCUUGGCCUGAAGCAUCCAUGCCACAGCAUCCUCUAGUUAAAGAAAUGCAGCACAAGCUUUUCCUGCACUACUGCUAUCUCUAUUCUCCAUGCAGGAAGCCUGACACAGCUCUGUGCAUCAUCAGUACACUGUAUCUUCUCAAGAUUAGUUAGCAAAUGAUGUUUUAGAAAACCACCAACAGCUUUGCUGAGUCAGCUACUCAGAUAUUCAGUGGAGAACAUAUAUGGCUAGUCUUACUGGGAGUGCCUAAAAUGAAACUCACAUAAGAAUCAAACAAUAUUUUACAGUGUUUCUCAGAACAAGAACCUUAACCUUUUAUGGCAUGUGUAGUAUUAAGCACUACUUUCCUUUAAUGUUUACAUUGUGCCAUAUAAGCUAGUAGCUAGUGUUGCAUCUUGUGUCAUUCACCAACAAGCAAACUCACUACACUGAGUAGUCUUAAGUUGUACCAGGCUGGUUUACGACUACAAUGUUAAGAAAGCCAUAUUAUGCAAAACAGAUCAUAUGUUUUGUUUUUGUAUUUCAUAAUAAAUGUUACCAAAUUUUACUGGAAA